AUGGCUCGUAAGAAAAGUAAAACAUCUCAUAAGAAAAGUGAAGCAUCUCGUAAGAAAAGUAAAGCAUCUCGUAAGAAAAGUAAAGCAUCUCGUAAGAAAAGUAAAGCAUCUCGUAAGAAAAGUAAAGCAUCUCGUAAGAAAAGUAAAGCAUCUCGUAAGAAAAGUAAAGCAUCUCGUAAGAAAAUUAAAGCAUUUCGUAAGAAAAGUAAAGCAUUUCGUAAGAAAAGUAAAGCAUCUCGUAAGAAAAGUAAAGCAUCUCGUAAGAAAAGUAAAGCAUCUCGUAAGAAAAGUAAAGCAUCUCGUAAGAAAAGUAAAGCAUCUCGUAAGAAAAGUAAAGCAUCUCGUAAGAAAAGUAAAGCAUCUCGUAAGAAAAGUAAAGCAUCUCGUAAGAAAAGUAAAGCAUCUCGUAAGAAAAGUAAAGCAUCUCGUAAGAAAAGUAAAGCAUCUCGUAAGAAAAGUAAAGCAUCUCGUAAGAAAAGUAAAGCAUCUCGUAAGAAAAGUAAAGCAUCUCGUAAGAAAAGUAAAGCAUCUCUUUCAGACCUUGCUCAUACUGUGAAAAUUCUGAGGUCACAUUUUAAUUCUGGAAAGUCACAGGUUAAUUCUGGGAAAUUACAGGUUAAUUCUGGAAAGUCACAGGUUAAUUCUGGUUCCAAAAUGUUCUGA